AUGUCAUCCAAAAAUGGCUCCCGCGACUCCACUCCGCUGGCUCUCGGAGACUCUACUGCAGCAGAGGAAUUGCCCCGCGGAGCCUGCCAGACCUUGAGCCCUCGGGACGCCCUUCCCGAGCUUCACUCAUUCCUUCGGUUGAUCUCAUUUAACAACACUGCUGGAGAUGAAAUUACAUUAAAUGAACAUGGAGAGCUGGCAUCUGGCUUUGAUAUUACAAACUUGGUCACUUUCCCAAAUAAAUCUUACAUCAGGGUUAAAGUGGGAAGUCUGGGUCCACAGGCUCCUUCUGACAAAGAGCUCGUCAUUGAUGGGGGCAGAAUCAAAUGGAACAAAGAGCUUGCACAGGUGCCACCCCUUUCGGUCUGUAAUUCUCACUGUCCUCCUGGUCAUGGGAAGAAAAAGAAGGAGGGAGUGAAAUUUUGCUGCUAUGAUUGUGCUCCAUGUCCAGAAGGGAUAUACUCAAAUGAGAAGGAAAACUGUAUCCAUUGCCCAGAAGACCAGCAUUCAAACAAGGACCACAAUCACUGCAUCCCCAAGAUCUCAAAUUUCCUAGCCUUUGAUGACACUUUGGCUAUUGUUUCAACUUCCUCUGCACUUCUAUUGUCUCUGGUCACAGCUCUGGUGCUGGGCAUCUUCAUUAAGCACCGGGACACUGCCAUAGUCAAAGCCAACAACAGAAGUCUAACCUACAUUCUCCUCACCUCCCUCCUCUUGUGUUUCCUCUGCUCUUUGCUAUUCAUUGGAAUGCCUAAUGAGGCAACUUGCCUUCUCCGACAAACAAGUUUUGGCACCAUAUUCUCUGUGGCCCUCUCCAGCAUCUUGGCCAAAACCAUUUCUGUUGUUUUGGCAUUCAUGGCUACCAAACCAGGAUCCAGCAUGAGGAAUUGGAUGGGGAAGAGACUGACUUGUUCCAUUGUAGUUUCCUGCUCCAUUGUUCAAGUAGGGAUCUGCAUUCUCUGGCUGGCAAACUCCCCCCCAUUCCCAGAUUUGGACAUGCACUCAAUGACUGAGCAAAUUAUACUGUUAUGUAAUGAAGGAUCCGUCACCAUGUUCUAUUCUGUUCUGGGCUACAUGGGCUUCCUGGCCACUGUCAGCUUCAUUGUGGCCUUCCUAGCCAGAAAAUUGCCCGGCAGUUUCAAUGAAGCCAAGUUUAUCACCUUCAGCAUGCUGGUCUUUUGCAGUGUUUGGCUCUCCUUUGUUCCAACUUACUUAAGCACUAGAGGAAAAUACAUGGUGGCAGUGGAGAUUUUCUCAAUCUUGGCUUCCAGUUCUGGUUUACUGGGCUGCAUCUUUUCCCCAAAAUGUUACAUAAUUUUGGUGAAGCCUGAGCUCAAUAACAGAGAACAUCUUAUACGAAGAAAGAAUUAA